UCAAUAAAUUGCAGCAAGAGCUCCCGAACCAACCGCCAAACCAGAAGCGACGGGGAAGAGAAGAACAAGGCGAGACGCACACGAUCGAGACCCAAUUCCCAAACCCGCGAGCUCCCGGUCGCUGCUUCGUCCUCGAUUGCGUCGAUACAUCCAUCCAUCGGCGACGUCUUGGAUCUACCUGUCGGGAUCGCCAUGAUGAACCCGGAGAUGAUGCGGGUGGCGGAGGAGCAGAUGCGACGCAUACCCGCCGACGACCUCGCCAGGAUGCAGCGGCAGCUCAUGUCCAACCCGGACCUGCUAAAGCUCGCAACCGAGAGCAUGAAGAACAUGACGGCCGAGGACUUCAAGCUCGCCGCCGAGCGCCUGAACCACGCAAGGCCAGAGGAGAUGCUCGACAUGACCGAGAAAAUCGCCAAGGCCAAGCCCGAGGAGCUCGCCGCCAUGAAGGUGCAGGCCGACGCUGAGACUUCAUGCGCGAUAUCCGCCGCCGAGAUGCUGAAGCGGCAGGGGAACCAGUUCCAUGGCCGUGGGCAGUACGCCGACGCCGCCGCCAAGUACAAGCUCGCCAGGGACAGCGUGAAGAACAGCGUGCCGUCGGCGGCCGGGCGCGCCCUGCAGCUGCAGUGCAGCGUCAAUCUGAUGGCCUGUUACCUGAAGCUAGGCGAGUUUGAGGAGUGCGUCAACGAAGGCUCGGAGGUUCUAAGCUAUGACUCGGGCACUGCCAAGGCGUACUACCGAAGGGGUCAAGCGUACAAAGAGCUAGGAAACCUUCAGGCUGCUGUUGCUGACCUGAGUAAAGCCCGUGAAAUGACUCCCGAAGAUGAAACUGUCGCUCAAGCUCUGACAGAGGCGCAAGAAAAACUUGCGACCGAAGGGGGAGCAGCAAACCUGCCGAAGGGAGUUGUCAUUGAAGAAAUUGUAGAAGAAGAUAUUAGUUCGGAUCUGUCGAGUGCUCAAACGAAUUCUUCUUCUUCUACUGCUACUGAGCAUACUGUUUCACAGCCACACAACGGAGCACGAAACUCGACACAAUCUAACUCUUCAGAAAGCUUGGUAAAUACGUCUCAGGUUGCUUCUUCAGCAAGCGGAACAAACCUUGUUGCUCCAGAUUUUGGAUCCAAUAUGCCUGGGAUGGUUGGUAUGGCGGACCCUGCUAUGUGGGAGAUGUUUACCUCCAUGGUGGAGAACAUGAGCCCUGAUGAGAUGGCAAACAUGAGUGGGCUGCUCGGUAUCGAGAUGUCCAAGGAAGAUGCUGCCAACGCUCAACAGGCUAUGUCUUCAUUCUCUCCACAAGAUUUAGAGAAAAUGAUGAAAUGGAUCGACAGAGCACAGCGAGGAGUCGAAGCGGCAAGGAAGACGAAGGACUGGCUCCUAGGCAGGAAAGGCUUCAUCUUCGCUAUCAUCAUGCUGAUCUUGGCGUUCAUCCUCCAUCGUCUUGGAUUCAUGGGGUAGAUGAUGAUGGCCUACACAUUCGAGAAUCGGCAACAAAAAAUAAUACUCUGUUAUUUUUCCUGGGCCUGAAGCGGUAGUGGACGGAUGACAACAAUGUGGAAGCAAUAGUUGAACCUGGGCCUUUCUUGUGCCAUUGUUUAUUCUUUCAGCAUAUGUGUUUAUAAAUUGUACUGCUGUAAUAGAUUAGAAGUAACUGGCCGAGUGUUUUGACAACAUGCACAAUCUCACCUUAGCUAGGAUCUUGCUUCCUCAUACCUACCCCUUAUUCUACUGUCAGACUUAGAAUCACGACACAUAUCUUGAUCUGGCUAAUUUUUUCUUUUGUUUUGGCUUGUCGCAAACAAUUCAUCCAAGUAAACCUUAUGCCAUCUACGGCACAAACCUUGAUAUGGCUAACCAUUUCAAACAGUUCGUAUGAAUCAAUUGUAUGCCUCGUAUCACACACGCGACUCUAAUCUAAAUCGUGCUCGAUUCUCCGCCAUCGCACAUAAAACCUUUUAUUGGUGAUGGUUUUAUUACGAUAUCUUUU